AUGUCCGUGCAUCAGAUAAUGGCAAAUAACAGAACGAGAAAAAUAAUAAAUUUAACUCAAGGUAUCGUUAGCGAACCUUUGAACAUUUUAAUUCCCAACAGCAGAUUCGACUCAGAUAUUGAAAGUGAUGAGGAAAUAAUGUUAUCAUCUGCUCCAAUUGCCUAUCCAGUAACGGACAAUUUAUUUGACGAACCCUAUGAAGAAACUAUUAUAAAGACUGUUCAAGCCGCGUACGAGAUGGCAGAAAGUGAUGAUGAAGAAGUAAAAAUAAGAGAUAACGAGGCUCUUAAACUUCAAGCUACAGAUUACUGA